ACCAAGGCUGCUUCCUUCUCCUCCUUCUAGGGAGCGCCCCCCCAAGAGCAGGUUGAAGGGGAGAAGCAGCCCCAGGCGGAGGGAAGGGGUGCUGUGUGAAGAGGCGCCGCUCCCCACCUUCAAGUCUUGCGGCGCUGCGUAGCCGCGGGGGGCAAGACAUGCGCUGCUCCCCCAUGCCCAGCCUCGCAGCCGCUGGCGCCCGGAGAGGAGAAACUGCGGAGCCCACACCUGCAAACUCGCCCUAGAAGUCUCAGGGUGCGGCGGGGGGCCCCUCCCAAUUCCCCACGGCCUCCACCUCUAGGCGGGUGGUCUGAGCCCCUGUCCGGGGACCUGUGCCAAUGACCCUAGUGGUGGUUUCGCUUUCUCCUCUCACGGCGGUGUGAACGUGUGUCCGCAGCGUGAUGGGCAACCAGGUGGAGAAACUGACCCACCUAAGUUAUAAGGAAGUUCCCACUGCCGACCCGACGGGCGUGGACCGGGACGACGGGCCCCGCAUCGGGGUCUCCUACAUCUUCUCCAAUGACGACGAGGACGUGGAGCCGCAGCCGCCGCCCCAGGGUCCGGAUGGCGGUGGCGGCGGUUUGCCCGACGGCGGGGACGGGCUGCCGCUGCCCUCGCCGCAGCCCUAUGACCCGCGGCUGCACGAGGUGGAGUGCUCCGUGUUCUACCGCGACGAGUGCAUCUACCAGAAAAGCUUCGCGCCGGGCUCCGCGGCGCUGAGCACCUACACGCCCGAGAACCUGCUCAACAAGUGCAGGCCUGGCGACCUGGUGGAGUUCGUGUCGCAGGCGCAGUACCCGCACUGGGCUGUCUACGUGGGCAACUUCCAGGUGGUGCAUUUGCACCGGCUGGAGGUGAGCAACAGCUUCCUGACGGACGCGAGCCAGGGCCGCCGCGGCCGCGUGGUGAACGAGCUAUACCGCUACAAGCCGCUGAGCCCCAGCGCCGUGGUGCGCAACGCGCUGGCGCACGUGGGCGCCAAGGAGCGCGAGCUGAGCUGGCGCAACUCGGAGAGCUUCGCCGCCUGGUGCCGCUACGGCAAGCGCGAGUUCAAGAUCGGCGGCGAGCUGCGCAUCGGUAAGCAGCCCUACCGGCUGCAGAUCCAGCUCUCUGCGCAGCGCAGCCACACGCUCGAGUUCCAGAGCCUGGAGGACCUGAUCAUGGAGAAGCGGCGCAACGACCAGAUCGGGCGCGCCGCGGUGCUGCAGGAGCUCGCCACGCACCUGCACCCCGCCGAGCCGGACGUAGGCGACAGCGACGCCGCGCGGACUACGCCGCCUCCCGGGCGCCCCCCCGCGCCCGUCCGGGAGGAGGGGGCCCGAGAGGCGGUGGUUCACUGACGGGCGAGCUGAGAGCGGAGCCGUGUGAGGGAGCUGUUUGUAGCAGCCGCUGCUCCCUCCCUCCUCUCACUCCCUCCUCCACCACCUUCUGGGCCCCAUCUGGGCUCCUGGGCCAUUUGGAAAACGGAGAGUUGGCGAAAAGCGCAGCCAGCUGUGGCUUGAGUUUGUUAUCUUGGACGGAGGAGGAAGAGGGAGCAGGUAGGAGCACUUUGGCCGGGGGCGCUUCUGGGCUUCUUGCCCGCCGGCUCAAUCUGUCUUCCUUUCCCGAGGUGAGGCACACUGCGGACUUGCCAGACACUUAAUCCCUGCUGGACUUGGGUCCAAAAAUCGACGCCUCUUAUGCACUUAGGGGUGGAGAGAAGUUCAGAGUACCAAUGCCUGCUGUUGCCUUCCGACCGCUUCCCCUCCUACCGUGGGCUUGCAGGAUGCCCUGUAGUAAAGCCAGAGCAGGUUUGUAGUGCUGUUGCCUCGAAAGAGCAGUGUGAGGGAUCCGGGAAGCUGGGGUGAUUGAUCCUGCGGUUUUUCUGGGGUGCAGGGCUGGUAAACCCAGGACCAGGUCUGGGAGUCGCAGACUGAAAUCGAGCAGCCCCUGUGAAGUGUAGCAAGUAGUUGAGAGUAAACUUGGGCUACAAAACAAAGAUUUUGCUCCUUGCCCCCUCCCCAUCCCCAAGCGAUUUGUCUUCUGGAGCUGGCUUCCAGCUGAGUCUCCUGGGCCAUCGCCACUUCCCAGGUUACCUGUAAAUCAUUGUCAGGGGCCAGCUAAAGGAAGGAUUCAAUUUUGGUUCUGUUUUGCUGCCUUUGUUUCUCGCUUGCUAUCGUAGGCACUUACAGCUGCGGUAUUCGUUAUCAAAGGAGGGAAUAGCCCUUUGUGUCUCUGAUCUAAUUAAGCCUGCUUGGCCGUGUUCAUCCCCAGGUCACACGGGAGGUUGGCUGCCGCCACCCCAUAAGGUAUCCACUACAGAAACAGCCAAACAGGGUUGCCCUGGCAGGAAUCAGUCCGUUUCCUCUCCAUUCCCCCACCUGACUCUCUUCCUGACUAGUGAAGGUACCUUUUUUUUUUUUUUAAUUUAAGGCUUUGGUGUGGUGGUCCUGUGAAUUUUUUUUUUUUCCUUCACUGCCUCAUCCCCCUCAGUUUUGUUUUGCUGGUGGUAAAAUCUUAGGCUUGAGGCAUAUUUCAGUGAUAGUUGUUUAUUUUGCUAGCCACACUCGAUGCAAUUUAAUUCAAGAUGUAAAGUCUUGCUAUAUUGCUGCAGUCUUCUUGUCGCUUGGAGAACACCCCUUCAGAAUGCUUUCUCAAUGAAGAGGGGUGACAGCAAUCAUAAAUAAGUGCAACCUGGUGUAGUCAGCGCCAGAUCUGGUGGCAGUCCUAAAGCAUGGAUUGGUGAGUGUGGGAUCUGUCCGAAGCAGGAUGGCUGAUACUAUUUGAAUCUGCUGCUGUGUUUGCUUUACUCUGAGGCUUUAAACAAUGUGUACAAUCUGUCCUUUGUUUUCAUGUGAGCUCUUUAAUGAUGUGUGCCCUUGAUUUCAAAAUCCUCCUGUGCUGCACAUUGGCAUUGCUAACGCUAUCUCAAAAGUUGAGUAAAGUUUCUUUUUUUUCUCUUGGGAAUCAUUAUAGAUUACACUGAAAAGUCAUUUUGUGACCCCAUUCUUACAGCUGGAGUAGACUCAUACUUGAGUGUUCCUCAGUGGUGGCCAUCCUCAGGCCUCCUGCCUGGAGAUCUUUAAAUCAAGGCAACAAAACUUGAAGGAUUUCCUUGUACACGUACUUUUUUUAAACUUGGGAAUUUGAGGCCAUAAUUUUUAAAAGCCUAGACCUUUAUAGCACCUCAACAUGAAAUUAUUUCAUUACAAGGGCAUUAGCUAUGUUCCCUGUUUUCACAGGAAUCCCCAAACGGGUCCUGUCACUGUUAAAGAUGAACCACACUCAGCCCUGGUCCAAGAAUUUGGAGAAGCGUCAGUCUCUUGUUGGAAAUGUUGAUCUAGUUUUCUUGUUUAAUAAUCUCUCAGUUUUGUGUUUAUAUUCUUUUGCUCAUGGAAAAGCGGAGCAAGGUAAACGUGGGUAAAGACAUUUAGGAGAGCCUUCUAGAUUUGGAUUGUCUUUUAUGUUUAACACAAUCAAGGGAAAGUUGCAUGUAAUGACAUUGUGCAGACAGCAAGAGAGAAGAACAGAGCCACUGUCUAGCAGCUCUGGGCUAGCCAGCCAGCUCUCUUUUCCACUGCCCGGUCUCUGUCUCCCUCCUUCACCCCUCAAUGGAAAGUGAAUGUCAUUGGUCACACCGAGGGACAGCAGUGACUCUGUUACAAACAGCUUUGUGAGAAAUCUCAACUUGAAGGAAGAACUCCUAUAUAAUCCAUAUCAGUAGUAGCAUUCUCCCUCUAGAGAAGAGGUUUUUGAUAACAGGGCCUGAAAAUGAUCUAGAAGAGGAAAGAUCUACUCCAGAUGCUGCUUUAUCACGUGUUUUUACAGGGUACCAGAGAUGUGAAGUACGUAAUGCUUCGGAACAGUGAUUCUGUUGGAAGUUUUAUUAGGGUCAUCAUGCUUAAAGUAAAGCACCAACCAGCCACUGAAGGUUGCAAGGAAAGGGGACUGAAUCAACUGUUGGCAUCUUUCUUGAAGAUGGCAGUGUUGUGGAUAAGAGUUUUUAAUGUCCAGGCAAUGGCUACAUCUGGCACUUUAAUAUAUAUAUAUAUAUAUAUAUAUAUAUAUAUAUAUAUUUAAUAAUUUUUGUUUCUCCUUAGGACUAAGAUUCUAGAACUGUUUUGUA